CUUUACAUAUUAAAAAAAAACGUUUGGCAUUCUCGUUUUUCUUUUAUGCGAUUUCCGGCGGCGCAGGAACUGCUAGGCAGCCCGUUUCCUCCGGCGAUUUAAGCGGCUUCACCUCCCAAUUGUCUUCGGCGUCUCCCUGGUGAACUGGCGUAGAAACCUUAGACGGCCGGUUAGGGGUUUCGACUACUUCUGCUCGCGGAUUGGUAAAUUCUUCUCCUUUUCGCCGGAUUCUGGGGUCCUUCAGUGGAUUUGAGGGCCAUUCACAACGCUAUCAGGUUUUAUAGAGAACAAACAGAGAGUCCAUUGAAGCUGGGAAAUCCAUGAGUCUAAUCGCCGGUUCCUACGAUCAUUUCAUAUGGGGGUACAAACUGAAAUCUCCAAAGGAUCUUCAAAACCUUGAUUUAAUUCCCCUCUUUUCCUUCCCUUCCCACCUCUCCACCAUCAAAUGUGCAGACGUUUCCGGCUCUGUUGCUGUCUCUGGUGGCUCCGAUGAUACCAUUAAAAUCUACGACCUCUCCACUUGCUCCGAAAUCGGUUCCCUCCACGAAUCUGCCACCAUAAAUUCCCUUGCAUUCUACACCCCUCCGUCCCUGUCCUUCCCGCACAACCUUAUCUCCGCCGCUGACAAUGGCUCAGUCUCCAUCUACCACACCGAUCCCUUUGUUCACCUCAAAACUGUGAAGGUUCACCGAAAAGGCAUCAAUUCCCUUUCUAUCCACCCGUCAGGGGGGCUGGUGUGCUCGGUGGGCCGAGAUGAAUGUUUAGCUAUGGUUGAUUUGGAGAGAGGGAGGAGGAGUUUUUACUACAGCCUGGGCAAAGAAGUCUCUAUCGUGAAAUUUAACGAAACUGGCAAAACAUUAUACAUGGUUAUGGAUGAAAAAGUUUCAGUACUCGAGCUUGAAUACUGUCCAAGAACAGUUUUGGAAUUUAAUAAUGCGAAGCGAGUUCUCUGUGCUGCCCCAGGAGAGGGUGGUAUAUUGUUUACUGGAGGAGAGGACAAGAAUAUUACGGCAUGGGAUACAAAAAGUGGAAAAAUUGCAUACAGGAUUGAUGAUGCACAUUCUGCCCGUGUUAAGGGCAUUGUUGUACUCUACAACAAUGAUGGAGAGUAUCCAUAUUUAGUAGCAUCUGCAUCAUCAAAUGGCAACAUACGUGUCUGGGAUGUUCGCAUGGGGAUGGGAGGGAAGGAGAAAUCAAAUCCACUGGCAAUGGCCAAUACAAAAUCCAGGCUGACUUGUCUAGCUGGAUCAUCCAUCAAAUAUGGGAAAUUUUGCUUCAAAAGAAAAAGAAGACGGAACGGAGCAGCAGAGUGAUACUCACACCACCAUUUGUGACACAUUACAGUAGAUGUUGUUAGUUGUGUAGGUUGUCUUCGUAUUAUAAAUAUAUAUUCUCAAAUUUUACUCCCUUACUUUUAAUUCAUGAUGUGACAAAUAAUGAUAGGUUAUGUU